GGACGUGUUUGAAAGGACACGUCCGUCUAGUCGUUACAUUUAAUACUGUCACUGUUCCCACAAGUUAGCAAAUAUUUAAAAUGCUGGGGUUAAUUUUAAUAGUUGCGUUUUUUUGUGAAGCAUGGAGAACUCCUGUGGAUACAUUGAACGCCACUGAUAUCCAGAAUGAUGAAGGAUACUCCUUAAAUAUUGGACAACCUCAUCUGGUUAAGACAAGUGAAACACUGCUGGAUCUUGAGGGAGACUAUGCUGUAAAUGAGGGGGAUAUCAUAAUACCAACUGACAGGAACGCAGUAAGUUCGCUAUGGGCCGAGCAGAAUGGGAAUGUGUCAGUGCCUUAUGAAAUUGAUUCUGUUAUUGAAAACAGGACUGAAGACAUUCUUGAUGCCUUAAAUAUGAUCUCCGAGAAGACCUGCAUCAGAUUCCAUCCACAUAAUAAUGAAACAGACUAUUUGCACUUUAUAUAUGCAGAUGGGUGUGCAUCUUAUGUCGGAUGUAGAGGGCAUUCCCGCUAUGACCGUGGUGAUCAUAUCACUGUACUUGAUGAAAACAUUGUCUCUGGGAAAGAGGGAAAUUUUUUGAAGAAAAAGGGAAACACACUUGGUCUGAAGUAUGACCUGGAUUCAAUUUUGCAUUAUGGAAGUAACUAUUUCUCUCGCAAUGGACAACCCACAAUUCAGCCCAAAGAGAGCAAUAUAACUAUUGGCCAGAGGACUCACUUGUCUGAUCUGGAUGUGCAAAGGAUCAGGAAGCUCUACCACUGUGGUGGUAGUCACGGUGCACUUUUAGUUGGAUAA